UGUCAACCUCUAGUUGACACACCAGUAACACUUUAUUCCAAGGCUAAAGAUUAUUGGAGUCAGGUGUCAGCUACUGUCGAUGGAAUGUUAUCUGGUUAUACUUCAUUGAAUGUACCAGAUAUAACAGAUUCAGAAGCAUUUCUUGAUGAAUUUGGUCCAUCUACUACAGCCUACGCAUUAGAUUGUGGUGCAGGUAUCGGACGUGUUACUAAACAAUUAUUACUACCUCGUUUUUCUAUCGUGGAUAUGGUAGAAUUAACUCAGGCUUUUCUUGAUCAAACAGAGGAAUAUAUUGGUCCUACUGAUUUCCCAAGAGUUGGUGAACGUUUUUGUAUGGGUUUACAAGAGUUUACACCGCCUACUGGACGAUAUGAUUUAAUAUGGAUUCAGUGGGUAUUGGGUCAUUUAUCGGAUCUUGCUUUAUUGGCAUUUUUAGAACGUUGUGCAUAUGGUCUUUCACCUGGUGGUGUAAUUGUCAUCAAAGAGAAUGUUACAUCAAUUGGAGGAAAUGAUGAAAAUGCAGUCAUUAAUUCUACUGAAAUAAAUUUUGAUGAUACUGAUAGUAGUUAUACAAGAUCACGUUCUGCUUAUAUUACAGCAUUUAAUGAUGCUGGCUUAACAUUAAUUGGUGAAAAAGCUCAAACAAAUUUUCCAUCAUCAUUAUAUCCAGUUAGAAUGUUUGCAUUAUGUUAUAAUGGAAAACCGAAAUCUCCUUCUACAACAUUUCAUCCUUCUUUAUCAUCAAUAACUGAUUGA